AGUACCAAAGUUGCUUUCGAUUCGAUUGUUUUUCCCGGUACUUGCGUCCGUACUGUUGGAGGUUGUUUCGUUUUCAAUGUCAGAGAAUAGUUGGGUUUUUGUAACCGAUAACGAAUAUUAUACUCGAAUUCGUUGGAACGCUAAAUAGUCAACAGUUUAUUUCACGUCCGUAGUGUGAAAACGUUAACAGCUGUCGUUUUUUUGAGCGUUUUCGUUUAUAAUUUUUUAAAAUAAAUUUCGUAUUUUUUCGUAUAAUUUUUUUUUUCAACCGGUUAUAAUUUUUUUUUCAUCUGAUAAUCAAAACCCAACGUGGUGUUCGGUCAACGCAAGAAGCUAGUUGGAAGUGUUUUUUUCUUCGGUUUCUUUGUAAUUUUUUUUGUUACUCAAUCGAGUGUUUUAAUGAUUCGUUUGGUAAAGUUUAACACGUGUGUUUUUGCGAGUUUAUUUGCUAUGAUGAUUGGUUAUUGAAUUCGCAGUCGCGUCGUGUUAUUAGUUUGUUGCUGUUUUUUUCAACGCCAUCUUUUUAUUUUUUUCUCAUCAAUUCUGCGAAUUCGUAGUUUUGGUUAAUUUUAGUGUCGGUUUGUUCUAAUAGUUAUCAAAGUGGCAAACCUAAUACCCGCUCAUUUGGGAUUCAAGUUCGACGAAUGCGUUAGAAUGGCGCUUGCUAGGGUGCCAGUGGUGAGCGACUGCUCGGGCUCAUCGGGUCAAAAUGGUCCGGUGCGCGUGGCAGCCGGCUCCAGUUCGAAUUUAUCAGCCGCCGCACCUACCAGAGUACCGAGUCCAUCACCCAACGAUAGCCAAACUCCAGUUGCCGAAAAUUGGUGCUAUACUCAGGUGAAAGUCGUGAAAUUCAGCUAUAUGUGGACAAUCAAUAAUUUCAGUUUCUGUCGCGAAGAAAUGGGUGAAGUUUUGAAAUCGUCUACAUUUUCAGCCGGAACCAACGAUAAACUUAAGUGGUGUUUACGAGUCAAUCCUAAAGGAUUAGAUGAAGAAAGCAAAGAUUACCUUUCACUAUAUUUGUUACUAGUCUCAUGUAAUAAGACUGAAGUGCGGGCGAAAUUCAAAUUUUCCAUAUUAAACGCUAAACGAGAAGAAACCAAAGCAAUGGAAAGCCAGCGAGCCUAUAGGUUCGUUCAGGGUAAAGAUUGGGGUUUCAAGAAAUUUAUCCGAAGAGAUUUCCUAUUGGACGAAGCCAACGGAUUGUUGCCCGAUGAUAAAUUAACUAUUUUCUGCGAGGUUAGCGUAGUUGCCGAUAGUGUAAAUAUUUCUGGCCAAUCAAACGCGGUCCAGUUUAAAGUUCCCGAAUGUAGACUUUCCGAAGAUUUAGGAUGUUUGUUUGAAAAUCAGAAAUUUAGCGACGUUACCUUAUCAGUUGGUGGUAAAGAUUUUCUAGUGCAUAAAGCUAUCUUAGCCGCUCGAAGUCCUGUUUUCGCGGCCAUGUUCGAACACGAAAUGGAAGAACGUAAACAAAACCGUGUAGCUAUUACCGACGUAGAUCAAGAUGUUUUGAAAGAAAUGUUACGAUACAUUUAUACUGGAAAAUCGCAAAAUUUAGAAAAAAUGGCCGACGACUUGUUAGCGGCUGCUGAUAAAUAUGAUCUGGGAAGACUUAAAAUCAUGUGCGAAGAAGCAUUAUGUACGAAUUUAUCGAUAGAAAACGCGGCGGAUAUUUUGAUAUUAGCAGAUUUGCAUAGUGCCGAACAAUUAAAAGCGCAAGCAAUUGAUUAUAUUAAUACACAUGCUACGGACGUGAUGGAUACGGCAGCUUGGAAAAGCAUGAUUACAACGCAUCCGCAUUUGAUCGGCGAAGCAUUCCGUGCCCUAGCAACGCAGCAAGUGCCGCCCAUUGGACCACCCAGAAAACGCGUAAAACAGAGUUAAACAUCGCGUCGGGGGAAGCCUAAACGAAAUUUAUGUGUAUAACGUUUUUACUACGAUCUCACAAGCCCCACCUGAAUAAGUAGAAAAAAAAUUCGUUAACGGUUCUCUAUGUAUUAAGGCGUCUGUACCCUUCCUCCUACUAUGUAUUUUUUCUCCACCAUUGAGAAUUUUUUUAUACCUUAUCAGUAACGAUGUUUGAAUUACAUACCUUGUACCCCUUUUUUUUCCUCCUAUCGUCUAUGUUUUUUCCUUUUUUGGUUCACGAUGUCUGCUGUUUCAAGUUUUGGUAAUAUUUUCAUUCUUGUUGUAAAAUUUUUAACCGGAGUAUGAAAUUUUUGAAUUUUGAUGAAUAAAAUAAGUUGUAAGAAGAGUUGGUUAAGUUGUAAGAUGGAAUUGUUUGUAAUUAAGAUGUGAUUUCUUUUUUCUUUCUUAAUUUAAUUUCUCGAAUCGAUUGUGUGUUUGAUUUUGGAUUAUUUUAAUUGAUUUUGUUUCGUUCUUUUUUUUUCUGGAAUUUUUAACGUUGUUUUGUAUUUUUUUUCGCUACGAAUUUACCUACCUUUUGUUGUGUGAGGCUAUUUAAAAGCUUCGAAAAAACAAAAACAAAAAAAAAAGGUGAAAAUUUGAAAAAAUUACCAAUUUGGUAUUUUUACGUCACACAAUAAUAUUACCAGUGGACAUCUUGAAUGUGUUUUUUUUUGUUAUAUUUAGUAAUUUUUUUUCUCCUCCCUGCCCCAUAUAUUUUUUGUUUGUUUGUAUAUAGACGAUUGGUAUACAUUUUUUUGCCCUUAUCGUACUAUAAGAAUUGUAUUUAGAUGUAUAAUUUGCAUUUACAUGUUUUACUCAUCGUACGUAUAUUUUAACGCGGAGUUGUCAUCAAAAUCGUUUUGUUUUUUUGUUUCUCGUGUACAUUUUGCGGAUAAAUAGUUAACCGUUUUUUGUUGUAAUUUUAACACGAUGAACGUGUAGUUUUUUAAGCGGUGAACUGCUCCUAGAACGGUGUCAGUUUACCCUCUCGAGACGAAUUAGAUGACGUAUUUUGAUGCGACGAACGAGUCGACGACGACGUUUAUACGAAAAUUGUUGUUCUGUGUGUAUGUGUCUGUGUGUGUGUGUGUGAGGUGGCCCCCAAGUGAAAAUGAAACAAUUUUUCGUCCCAAGUGCCAUAAUAGUCAACGAUACGAAUAGAUUUUCUUUCCUUUGUAAUGCUCGAUCGGUUUUCUGUUGUGAUUUUUACAAUAAUUAAUUAUUCAAUUCACAUAGCCUUUGUUUUAUCAUAUCGUUAAUUUAUGAUCGCGAUUAAUCGAUGUGUAUCGGGUAGGGAAUUACAUUUCGGACCUUUUUGUCGAGUAAUAAAGGAUCGAUCGGUGGAAAAAAUUACGAUAGUUGGGUUAAAAAUUUGUCAGAAACGUGUCCAGUGUGAUCAUAUCAGGGUAACAUUGUCAAAUUAAUUUUAUAUUUUAAAUCAAACGAGAAACAUAAUGAAUUUUUUGGAAACGAUUCGAGUUAACUGGGUAAUAAUUUUUACAUUCAAAGAAAAACAAGAUCGCAACAGAUUAAGCGAACGAAAUCGUUCACCGACUUUUCAAGCGUAAUCAGUGGUCCAACUUCGUGUUUUGAUUCGUUUUUUUUCUUUUCUUUUUUUUUACGUGUCGUUAUUUUACGUAUUCGUAUUAUAAAAAAAUAUCAGUUGUUUUUAUUUUUUAGCGAUGGUUUUUUUUUUGGAAUUUUUUCUCUGUGUUUUCGUUCCCUUGUAAUCGACACUCCAUUUUUUUUUACUGUACGAAAUAACGUAGACCAUAUUUUGUUGGCGUGUAUAUGAAUUUUUCGGCGAAUUUUAUAUUAUUUUAUGUUCGUUUACAACUUCUACCUCAUUUUUCGAUAAUUCAUAGUCGAAUGGUCGAGCUCGAGUGGUUUUAGAGAGAGAAAAAUGAUCUGUUGAUGGGAAUACGUUCGUAUAUGUAUCGUGAAAAAAAUUAUGGUUGUGAUCCGGAGAUUUUUUCGAAAAAAUUUUUCUAUCGCGAAAUAGUAAUAAUAAUAACGAUUAAAAAUUCACAUUUUGUGAUAUUUUAUACCUACCUAGAUAUUAUAUCUACCUGUCUAUAAAGCUAGUGAAACGAAAUCGAAGCGUGAAAAAAUUGAUUUUGCAUCGGAAUUAUGAAUACGUAUUCGUUCCUAUGUCGAUGAUGGUGAAGAGAAAUUUAUUGAUGCUGAUUUUUAUUCGAGUGAGAGUCUUCUGUUAGUGGUUUUUUUUUUUUCGAUUGGAAUACGCGUUGAAAUUGAAAUAAUUCAUGAAAAAUAUUAAAUACGAGUUAAUCGAGUGAAUAAAUAAUUAAAAGGGAAAUAGUUAGCAAAAAAAAAAAGAAAUCGCGAAUUGAAAAUUAUAUAAUUAUUAUCGUAUAUAAAAAUGUGAUAUUAUUAGUUAGCCGAUUUUGAUCUCAAUUAAGUUGUUCCUAUUUGUGCGCCAUAAUUUGCCAAUUCGUAAAAUGGAAGACGUGAAAAUCGUUAAUAAUACUAUAUCGUAUCAGUUACAAUGUGUCGCAAAUAUCACGAACAAGGAGAGAAUUGGCUCCAAGCGCUGCGCGUUUUACAAGAAAAUAAUGUCGGAAAAAACAUUUAAAAAUUGACUCGAACGAAAAUCCGUAUCGCGUAUUAUUAUUUUUUUUUAAAUUUUUAGAAGCACGAAGUCGUUAAUGUAAAUGAGGUUAAAUUUACGAUUUUAUUAUUAAUAUAUUAUUAUAUAUUUUACCUUUUUUUUUUCUUUUUUUUUUUUUGUUGUGAAAAUCUCCAAAUUUUAAUUUUUCUCUACUAUAUAAAUUUAAGCGCUUUGUGAUAUGAGUACCUGCGCGUUGGUUUUUAUUUUGUCUUAUAAUAUGAAUUUUUAUCGACUUUGUUGUCGAUAUCUGUACUUUGAAUCGUUGUAAUACGUAUGUGUGUAUAUGUAGUAGUGUGUUGAAUAGGCAAGUACGCGAAUUCGAAAUAACAAAAAGGGAUUUAUACGACCAAUUUAUUAUCUAACCUGUUUUUUUUUUCUUUCUAAAUUUCGAUUUUAAUUGGUUGAUUGUUUGUAAUAAUAAUGUUGACGAGAUGAUGUUUCAAGUCGUGUGUAUCUUCGAAGUGGUUUUUUUUUCUGUGUGGACGAUUUGUUGGAAUUUUUACCUGAGAAGCUCGUGCAGGCAUUCGAGCUUUGUUAUUUCGCUUUUGCUUUAUUAUAAUAAUUUUUUUUCCAAUUCAGCGAAGUUUUCAAACGUUAUAAUUAGAGCGUGUAAUUUUAUUUCUGAUGUAGUUAUUAAAAUAUGGGAUUUAUUGUAAAAAGAUUUCUUCGAUUGGUAAUAUUAAAUAUUUACAAAUUUA